AUGAUUUCAAAGCUCGAUCCUGAACCUGUGCGUCCCUUGAACCGGGAAGCUCCACUGCACGAGCUGGUGUCGAGCUUCAUCACCCAGGCCCCGGAUGCCUAUAACCGCAACCACAGUGCCAUCCCGGAGAUCGACGCGGCCACCCAUGUUGUCUCUGUUGGUGGAGACGUCCCCAACCCGCUCCAGCUAUCCAUUGAGCAACUGCGCCAUGACUUCCCGCAGCACGAGGUAUUGGCGGCCCUGCAGUGUGCUGGGAACCGCCGCCAUACCAUGCGAACCAAACUCAAAGAGGUGGUGGGGCUGGAUUGGAUGGAUGGCGCCGUUAUGAAUUGCACCUGGCGGGGGCCUAGGUUACGCGAUAUUCUGAUCAAGGCUGGUGUGAAGGGGUGUAAUAAUUAUAAUGAUGAUCACGAAACGGAUGCAAUGGCCAGUGGAGCGGUUAAUGGGACUUCUAAUGGCCACACUGCUGCAGGUGAGAAGGGGCCGCAGAUGCAUGUUGCCUUUACCUGCGACCAGCUGCGUUGCCAGGAUGACAGCAACUAUGGCGUCAGCAUUGAGUUGUGGAGGGCCAUGGCUGUUGAUAGGGAGGUGAUUCUAGCCCUGGAGAUGAACAACAAGCCCCUCCAACCCGCCUACGGCUACCCCGUCCGCGUUGUUGUUCCCGGUGUCGCCGGUGCACGCUGGGUAAAAUGGCUCGACACCAUCUCUGUCGUCCCCAAUGAAUCACCCAACUUCUACCAGCAGCACGAUUACAAGAUCUUGCCCCCCGAAGCCCUCACCUGGGAAAUCGCGGAGGAGUACUGGCCCAAGGUGCCCGCCAUGCAAUGCAUGCCCGUCAACUCCGUCGUCGCCGUGCCUAAUGACGACUCGACGAUAUACCUUCCGCCAUCAGGGGAGCUGGAAAUUAAAGGCUUUGCGGUCCCCUUUGGCGCGGACGGGCCUGUGACACGUGUAGAGGUUUCGGUCGAUGGGGGGAAGACGUGGGUCGAUGCCGAGUUGGAUUAUGGGCCGCAUGAGUCAAAUAAGUCGAAGAAUAAAUGGGCUUGGGUGCUGUGGCGGGCCGCAGUGAAGGUGGAGAAAGGACGCAAUAAAACGAUUUACAGUCGCGCAACGGAUGCGGGAGGGAAUACACAACAAGAGAUGUCGCCGUGGAAUUUGCGCGGGGUGGGGUACAAUGGGUAUGGCGCGUCGUGGAACGUCUCUGUGGUUUGA